UCUUAAUUCUACUUUACUCCUUUUGAUUUCCUUGUCCGUUUUCGCUGUUGAAUUGAGGAUGCGAUGGUGUUAUUUGAAUUUGGUGCUGAUUGGUGGUUUUUUGCAUCCAGUUCUUUAGAGAGAAUUUUUUUGGAGAUUUUGCAUUUUAGUAUUGCGCGGUUUGCGAAGUCUGAUUUAAAAUUAGAAUGGGGAAUUCUGGUCAUCUGUUGCUUGAAUGUGGUGCGAAUGUUUUCUCAUCGUGAAUUGAUUCUUAUUUCCAAGCUACGCUGGACGAAAUUCUGGUUUUAAUUUAUUUUCUGAAGUUUUUAGUUUUCUAUUACUCUUUAGAAAUUGAGAAGUGUGUUCUUCACUGUUGUAGUGUCAAAUAUUUGUAUAGCAAUUUACUCAAUUCAGUGUUGGAUAUUGUUAUAUGCAUGAGGUGAAUUUGUGACUUUGCGAUUGAUGCUGAGUUUUUUAAACUGUUUGUUUUCCUGCCUGAAUCCGAGGGAUAAUUGGAUUGCAAAGGGGAUCCUGGAUGUGGAUGGAACGUCAAACUGUUUUCUUAGCAUGCGUGUUCAAGUAGUCAGCUUUGCAAUAAUAAGGCUCUACUAUGCUAAAAUAGGCAUUGGAACACCGUCGGAAGAUUAUUAUGUGCAGGUUGACACCGGAACUGAUAUAACUUGGGUUAACUGCAUUCAGUGCCAUCAAUGCCCCCGGCGAGGCUACCAUGGUAUAGAACUUCCUCUUUACAAUCCAAAAGAUUCUCUUACUGGAAAACUAGUGUCAUGUGAGCAAGAUUUUUGUAAAGAGAUCGGUGGAGGCUUAUCAGGUUGCAAUGCUAAUUCAUCAUGCUUGUAUACUGAGGUGUAUGGAGAUGGGAGCUAUACCAUAGGAUACUUUGUUGAGGAUGUUGUCCAGUAUGAUCGAAUCUCUGGGGAUUUGGAAACAAAAUCAGCAAAUGGAAGUGUUAUAUUUGGAUGUGGUGCCCAACAAUCUGGAGAUCUGGGGUCAUCGGACGAGGCACUUAAUGGCAUAUUGGGUUUUGGAAAAUCUAACUCGUCAAUGCUUUCACAGCUGGCUUCGUCUGGAAGAGUGAAAAAGAUGUUUGCUCAUUGCUUAGAUGGUGUAAAUGGUGGAGGUAUCUUUGCUAUUGGCCAUGUGGUUCAACCUCUAGUAAAUACAACACCCUUGGUGCCAAACCAGCCACAUUACAAUGUCAAUAUGACUGGAAUCCAAGUGGGUCAUGUUUUCCUGAAUCUGACUACAGAUAUCUAUAUGGCAGACAAGAGGGGAGCAAUAAUUGACAGUGGUACCACGUUGGCAUAUCUGCCACAAAUGAUAUAUGAACCACUAGUGAAAAAGAUACUCUCCUGGCAGAUGGAUCUGAAACUGCAAUUGCUUCACGACCUAUAUACUUGCUUUGAUUUUUCUGGAAGUGUUGAUGAUGGAUUUCCCACUGUGACCCUCCAUUUUCAAAAUUCACUUUCUCUGAUGGUUUAUCCUCACGAGUAUCUAUUCCCAUUUGAAGACUUGAUGUGCAUUGGGUGGCAAAACAGUGGCUUGGAAUCCCAGGAUAAACAGAAUAUUACACUUUUAGGAGAUCUGGUUCUUACCAACAAGCUGGUCCUUUAUGAUCUCGAAAAACAAGCAAUUGGAUGGACUGAAUAUAACUGCUCCUCGAGUAUCCAAAUAAAGGAUGAAAUCACUGGUUCAGUACAUCUCGUGGGAGCUCACACUCUGUCCUGUGGUUCGAGAUUCAGCCUCCGUGUCGUAUUCCUCUUACUGAUGAUGGCUGUGUUGCAUGGUUUGAUACAAUGACUACUACUUCCAUUCUCACCAAAACAACUCAGUAUAGGAAACACUGAAAAAUGACCAUAAAAUCUCAGAAGUUGGCUAUUACUUUUGUGUUUUUGUAGCGUUACAUUAGAUGGUGUAAAUAGUUGUUUGUAUAGAUACAAGUACACAGUUUGAUUAUUUCCACAGCUUGUGGUGGUUAUAAUAUGUGCAUCCUAUAAUAUUGUGAUGUAAAACUCCCAAGUAAAACCUUUCACAUUAGAUGUUGGUUUCAAUUGAAAAUUUGUUGCUAUUUGUAUAA